CAGACAUUCGGCCGACAUACAACAGGAGAGUGUAUGAAAAGCGUGAGAGGGAAUUGGAGAUGGAGGGACAACAAGAGGCCUUACUCUCGUAAGAUUAUCCGCUCCAAAUCCAAUCCAGUGAAGUAAAUUACAGCAAAAACUUAUCAUAAAGUUAAUUUCCCAUAAUUAGCUGUGUCUUUUGUCGUCCCUUUAUUAUACUUUCUUCUUUCUCUCCAUGUCUACGAUCGACCAACAUCUCUUUAUGAUUCCUCUCGCGCUCUAGGGUUUGGGUGUUUUUUUCCAGAUUCUUAUUGUACCUUCCCUUUAUCAAAGGUUUUGAGGCAAAAGACAACUGGGCUGCUGAUUGUUUUCGCUUAUUUCGUAAAAUGGAGAAUCUCAUUGAUUUUUUGUAUUGUCUUGAUCCCGAUACGUCAAUGAAGAUUCUCAUGUGUUUGGAUGAUCCAUCUGAUCUUGCUCGUGUUAGCUGUGUCUCACGUUGUUGGCGACAUCACGUGAUUGCAAAUGGUCUCUGUAAGCGGUUGUGGUUGAGAAUGUUUCCACAGUUAUCUAAAGUUGAUCAUGUAGUUGAACCAAACUCAAGUUUAAAAGAGCCUGCUGAAGGUGCAUCUGAAAAUUUUGCGGAAGCACAGACUUUGGAAAGUGAGAAUAGAGUUUAUACCUUUUUAGCUCGAGCUAUUACAUCAUUUCCUAUCAGGGGUUUGAUGCUUGAGCCAAUCUAUGCUUCUAGCACUGAUAAUUAUCCAGAGGAAAGCAUUCAUAAUACUCUGGAACCUAGGGAUAGAGUUGGAAGAAGAGCCUCAUACUGGUCAAGUGAAGGACAUAGCAAUCCUGCUGUGCCUGAGACACUGAUAUAUAAGUUGGCUGGUGAUCUGUGUGUUAUUUAUGAAAUCAACAUACAACCGUUUGAAGCUUAUUUUCAGCCGGGUCUACCCAUAUAUUCAGCCAAAGCUGUGAGAUUCCAAAUGGGACAUGCCAAGUCUCCAAUAGAUGAUCCAAUGGGUGAGUCAUGUAAUGAUUCUGUUGAUGAUAAAUUUGUAUGGACUUACACUUCACAAGAGUUCCCAAUGGCUCAGGAGAAUCGUUUGCAGAAUUUCAAGCUUACUGAACCUGUUAUGUGCAUUGGUGGGAUUUUGAAGAUUGAGCUUCUGGGUGGGGUUCAGAGACAAGAAAUGGAUGGCUUAUACUAUAUUUGUGUGUCUCAUGUUCAGAUUAUGGGACGAUUGCUGUCACCUGCCUUGGGGGUUGAUAUACUUGAACCCUCUGGAAAAUUUGUGUUGAAGGUUAAUAGUUAUACCCAACCCAGCAAAACUGGGGAUUCGUGUGCCAACUCUAGUGUAUAUUUGCAGAGGCGCGUAAGAGAUUUGGGACAGAUUAUAAACAUAUUGCCGGGAAAUGUAUUUGACGCCACAGAGUAUGAAUGGGUUGAGGAGGACGAUUCAGAUGAUGAGUUUGAUCUGUAAUGGCUGUUAGAUGUAAAUUAAUAAUAUCUGUCGUUUUGGGUCCCAAUUUCCGGACUAUUUACUAUUUCAAAUGGAUUCAGAAGAGACAUUUAUCAAGCUUAGUGGUGGAGCACAAAUGUGUCCUGCCCUUUCUGGUUGUGUCAGUUUUUCCCUUUGAAUUUGGUGGUGUAAUUGGCCAUAUUUCCAUUGUUAUUUAAGUUAUAAAUGUUUCUUA